CUUUUCAACAGAAGAACAAUCCUUAACCUCGCUUUACUUUUGUUUUUUAGUAAUUAGUACUUGAGUCAAAAAAUAUUGUUUGAUAUUGUUCCUAGAAAAUUAAUAAAACCACCGUCACCGCUGUGCUGUAUAAUUAUGGAUACUAGAAGCUGUGAAUCAGGACUCUCAGAGUUUCUUGUAUUUGUACCACCGGCAAAGGCAACUGAGGCAUCAACAAACCAGGAACUAAGUGAUACAUCUCCAGCUCCAAUUACUUGGUCCACAAAUCAAACCAAAGUACUUUUAGAUUUGUACCAAAAAUAUAGAGUGAGGGUUGGUACUGCACAAAUAAAAAAUUUCAAAAAAUUGUGGGAAAUUCUAGCAAAAGAAUUAAAUGGAUUGCUUAGAACCAACGUUACAGCUGGUCAUGUAGAAAAUAGAUGGAGAGUUUUAGAAAGAGCAUACAAACGAUACGUGGACAAUCAAAAUAAAACAGGCCAGGGAAAGAAAUAUUUUGAAUAUUUAGAAGAAAUGGAUGCAAUCUUUAAAGGAAAGAAAAAUGUAAAUCCGGUUGUUCUACUCUCAAGCGAAUCUGUGCAGAAAAUGCCUGACAAUCAAUCAGAGGAGUCCCUAAAAUUCCCAGAAACUCCAAGAAAAGCCACUACAUUACAAGUACAAGAAGAUAGAUCAAAAGAGAAAAGGACCCCAUUGCUUAAUAGAAAUGUAACAUUAGUUCACAUGAGACGGGACAAAAAGGAAUAUUAUGAGGCUCGAUUGUUGAUAGAGAGGGAAAAAGUUGAUAUUCUAAAGGCUAAGGUUAAGCUUAUGGAAGAAAAGAAUACACUACUGGGGGAAAGAAAUGAAAUUUUAAAAAAGAAAAAAUGUGUUUUGUGUUCCCAGGAAUCUAUAUAGUUUGUUUUCCAAGUUAUUUUUAAUUUUCUUAUUCUUAUUUUUUUUAUUUUCCAAGUUAUUUAGGAGUAUUUACCAAAGAAUGUAGUUUUUGUUUAUAAUUGUUUUCAUUUGUGUAGGCUAAGGAAACUAUAAGACUGUUGCUGCAGGGUAUAAUGUAUAUUUUGUUGUUAAAAUAAAAUAUAAAAAAUGUAUUCACAUA